CGAACAUCACAACAGUGUAAGUGAACGCCUCCCUCUCGUGAGCUGCGCGGACGCUCAAAAACAAAAGCAGACGCAAAGCCCGUGGAAUUAAUCCAACACAAAUGCAAAGCGACGUUCGGCAGGACGCAUCCCUCGAGCGUUCAGAUGAAGCCGUGCUCCCGGCCACGCGCGUGUGUUUGUUGCGUUGCGAGUGUUUUGUUUUCGGUGGGUAUGAGGUGGCACUGAGCGGAUCCGAGGCGCUUUGUAAAUGAAUAAGAGAUGAACGCGGCUGGAUCCAGUCUGGACGCAGACCGACACUGCGCAGUAAAUAUCGUCUGGGCUGGGUUCGGAGAGGUUCGGUCGGGCUGAGACGGAUGGUUUAGGAGGAAGAGGAGGAGGAAGACGCUCACGGAGGCCCUCGGCUGCGCACAUCAGCUGUUCCGAGCAUCCCCGUGUGUUUAUUUGAGCUCAUCACCACCUUUAUUUGACGGAAUCAUUCAUCCUGCCUUUCUGUCCGCUGGUACCUGCCCCAUUGACCAAAACCCACACCAUCUCAAGCAAUCUCCUGAACCUGAAGGCAAAGUAAAGAUCAGAUUCCUUACAUCCCAAAUCCAAUUUUUAUUCCACUCUCGGCUGCUACAAAUGGACAGGAGCAAUCCAGCCUGCAUUAAACAAGAGGAAGCAGUAAUGUCUUUAGCAGAUGAUUUGGAUAGAAAAAGUGAUACAGACGUUUUUAUAUUCAGUUCAUUUUUGUCUCGUAAUGCUCUAGUCCCGCUGAGACUCUGAAUAUGGACCUUUGAGAGUCCUGACUGGUAUCCGAAAAGCCUUUGAGUUGGGUUUUCUUUUCUGGAUUGGAUGCUUAUUUGAUACCUCAACGGCAUAAACGCAAGGCUGUUGGGUAUUUCAGAAGUGGGUUAUAUAAUCGUCUGUUUAGUUGCCAAACCCAAUUCUGGAGAACUUGGAAAAGGAGGAAACCUUGUCAACUAGUGCUGUGAGUGGCUUUUGUUGGCCUAUUUGGGCCUAAACCCAAAAACAACCUCUGCAUCACUUCCACCAUUUAGAUGUUCCCAAAAAACCCACAUCUUCAGAAGUAGUUGUGUUUAAGAUACCUCGUUAGGAAUUUCAGAAGUCAAAUACUCAUGAUAUCAGAACUUAAGGAAGGAGAAACCCUCUGCUAACUAGGGCUUUUGCCAACAGACCAAUUUUGGGACUGCACCCAAAUCUCUGCAUUACUUGAAAGACUUCAAAAAUGACGCUUUGAGUGAUCUGGCUGGGAUUAGAUGCUCUUUGAGAUGACACCGCCACUUCCAGUGAACUUAAGGAAGGAGAAACCUUAUACUGACUAGGACUUGGUCCUGAAUCCAAAUCCCAAACCCCUCCCCCCACCCCCCUCCUUUUUGGCCGUUUGGCCCCUAUUUCUUACCUCCAUCUCAUCCCGACCUCCACCAUUCGCCUCGCUGGCCACGGCAGUCCUCCCUCCCGUUCCCGCCCCCCCCCCCCCCUCCUCAUCACCCAACCCCUUCCCCGCACCACACUUCCCACCCCUCCACCCAAGUCACCAUGGCCACCGGUACUACCACCACCGCCCGUGAACAUCUCCUGGUGGUGCGGAGGCGCAGCCCCCACAUGCGUUACACGCUGAGCCCGGAAAACCUCCGCAGCCUUUCAGCACAGGGUGGCUCUGGGAAUGGGGGCAGUUCUAGAGGAGGAGUCCCCGAACCGAUGGGCUUGCAGCGGGCCAACAGUGACACGGACCUGGUGACAUCGGAUAGCCGUUCCUCCUUAACGGCCUCUACGUACCAGUUUACGCUUGGUCGAGGGCAAAACCUGGUCAUCUCUUGGGACAUCAAGGAAGAGGUGGAUGCCACUGACUGGAUUGGGCUGUAUCACAUUGAUGAGACGUGUCCCGCAAACGUUUGGGAUUCAAAGAACCGCGGGGUGAAUGGCACUCAAAGGGGCCAGAUCGUCUGGAGGCUGGAGCCCGGACCGUACUUCAUGGAGCCUGAGACCAAGAUCUGUUUCAAAUAUUACCAUGGAGUGAGUGGAGCGUUGAGGGCCACGACACCCUGCAUCACUGUCAAGAACCCUGGAGUCACAGUCGGGGCAGAAGGGCAGGUGGAUGGACAGUCGGUCACCGAACACUGCAGGAAAUUGGUCAGCUUUACUCUGUCAGAUAUCAGGGCUCAGGGUCUGAAGAAGGGCAUGUUUUUUAAUCCGGACCCAUAUCUGAAGAUGAGCAUUCAGCCAGGCAAGAGGAACGGCUUCCCUACGUUUACUCACCACGGCCAGGAGAGACGAACCUCCAUCAUAUCCAACACCACUAACCCUGUGUGGCACGGAGAGAAGUACACUUUUGUUGCUCUCAUGACGGAUGUUUUGGAAAUUGAGGUCAAGGACAAAUUUGCGAAAAGUCGCCCGAUCAUCAAACGCUUUUUGGGUCAGCUGACGAUGCCAGUUCAGAGACUUCUGGAAAGGCAUACAGCCGGGGAUCAACAUGUGAGCUACACACUUUGUCGUCGUCUGCCCACGGAGCAUGUGAGCGGACAGCUUCACUUCAGGGUGGAGAUCACCUCCAACGGGCAUGAAGAUGCCAUGGGAUCUCUGUUGGGAGCCUCCUCUAUGAAUGGAGAUCCUGGGAGCCCAUCGGACGACGAGGAUGUUUUGCAUCCUUCUUCUCGUAUGGCCAGGGGCCCCUCUCCCACCGGCUCUGAAGGGUCCCUUCACGGUGACACCUUUAGGACUGAUGAGUGCAUGAUGGAUCCUGAUGAGGAUCGGCUCUUGAGAGAAGGGGCCCCAAACUUAGCUGAAGGAACCCCGGGCCACACUCAUCGCCAGGCCUCGCUUAACGAUUAUCUGGAUGCUAUUGAGGCCCCUAAGGGCCCCGGAGACAGACCUCUUGGGGCCGCCUCACCUAAACUCCGCUCCAGUUUUCCCACCGAUACACGGCUCAAUGCUAUGUUACAUAUAGACUCUGAUGAAGACGAGGAGGGACACGCCUCCCGGGAUCCAGUAUUGACCAAUGGUGCUCCUCGGCCUGAUGGACACGCCUCCUCAGAACAGGACAAAGGGGAAGUUCCCGGCAAAGAGAGGCUUGAGUCGGAAGCGGCAAGCAGUGCCACAGACACGGAGGCUACAGCGUCGGGGUCGAGCAGCGGCACCACCAAGAGCCAAAAUGGAGGUGCUGAGGACACUCAGGAAGGAGCUGCUGCUUCAGGAGACUCGACACAGACCACCAGCAGCUCUCAGCGGCCAGCUCCCACAACACAGGAUGAGGAAGGAGCUCCACCUAAGGCGGUCACCGGGGAGGAAGGUUCAUCAGAGGCCGCUACGGUUACAGAGUCCUCAGCAUCUGCCAGUAACACAGCUUGUGAAGGGGGCGGAGCCACAGCAGCUAAGCAGCCGGAGCAGGGGAACCCCAGCGAGACAACCAAUGAGGAGGAGGAAGAUGCUGGAAUCUGGCAGAGGAGGCGGAGUCUGCAGGCAUCAGGGAUCGCAUCACAGGCUGAAGGGGUCGAACUAACCAAUGAAGUGAGAAGGGCAGAUGACGCAGAGCAGGCUGCCACAGUAACAGAUGAGGAGACAGGAGCCACUGCUCAAGUGAAUGGCCAUCAGCCAAUGCGAUCUCUUCCUUCAGUCCGUCACGACAUCAGCCGCUAUCAGAGAGUAGACGAGCCUCUUCCACCAAACUGGGAAGCUCGUAUAGACAGUCACGGCAGGAUUUUCUAUGUGGAUCAUGUGAACAGAACCACCACCUGGCAGCGGCCCACUGCUCCACCUGCACCUCAGGUCCUACAAAGAUCCAACUCCAUUCAGCAGAUGGAGCAGCUCAACCGAAGGUAUCAGAGCAUUCGGAGGACAAUAACCAACGAGAGGACAGACGAACAGGCUGCAGAGAUGCCUGCAGACGAAAACGACCUGCUGCAUCCCUCCAUCCCCGAGUACCGUCGGGACGGCGUGGUUGGGCCCGCUAGCUCUCGCUCGCGCUUGUCUCUGCUGCUUCAAUCCCCCAGCGCCAAGUUUCUCACCAGCCCGGAUUUCUUCACCGUACUGCAUUCCAACCCUAGUGCCUACCGCAUGUUUACAAGUAACACGUGUCUCAAACACAUGAUCAGUAAAGUGCGUCGGGACGCUCACCACUUUGAGCGCUACCAGCACAAUCGAGACCUGGUUGCCUUCCUCAACAUGUUCGCCAACAAACAGCUGGAUCUCCCGCGGGGCUGGGAAAUGAAACACGACCACACGGGAAAGCCUUUCUUCGUGGACCAUAACUGCAGGGCGACCACCUUCAUAGACCCACGACUGCCGCUGCAGAGCGCCCGACCCAGCAGCCUCCUCGCCCACCGCCAGCACCUCAGCCGCCAGCGCAGCCACAGCGCAGGGGAGGUGGGCGAUGACCCACGGCACGCUGGACCCUCUGUACUGCCACGCCCCUCCAACACCUUCACAGCCAAUCGCAACCAGUGUCAAGAUGUAGUUCCUGUUGCCUAUAACGAGAAAAUUGUGGCGUUUUUGCGGCAGCCGAACAUAUUUGAGAUCCUUCAGGAGAGACAGCCUGAGCUUAUUAGGAAUCACUCACUCAGGGAGAAGGUGCAGUUUAUCCGUAAUGAAGGAGCGUCAGGUUUAGCUCGCCUCUCCAGCGACGCAGACUUGGUGAUUUUGCUCAGCUUGUUCGAAGAGGAAGUGAUGUCGUAUGUGCCACCUCAUGCCUUACUGCACCCCAGCUACUGUCAGUCACCUCGAGGGUCUCCGGUCUCCUCCCCUCAGAACUCCCCCGGUACACAGAGAGCCAACGCACGGGCCCCUGCACCGUACAAACGGGACUUCGAAGCCAAACUUCGGAAUUUCUAUCGCAAACUGGAGACUAAAGGCUACGGACAGGGUCCAGGCAAAGUCAAGUUGAUAAUCCGCAGAGAUCAUCUCCUGGAAGACGCCUUCAAUCAGAUCAUGUGCUACUCUCGCAAAGAUCUGCAGAGGAGCAAACUCUAUGUCAGCUUUGUUGGAGAAGAGGGGCUGGACUACAGCGGCCCUUCGCGAGAGUUUUUCUUCCUGGUGUCACGGGAGCUUUUUAACCCCUACUACGGCCUGUUUGAGUAUUCAGCCAAUGACACCUACACCGUCCAGAUCAGCCCCAUGUCUGCCUUCGUCGACAACCACCACGAGUGGUUUCGGUUUAGCGGUCGCAUUCUUGGUCUCGCUCUUAUUCAUCAAUACCUGCUGGAUGCCUUCUUCACGCGACCCUUCUACAAGGGCCUGCUGCGAAUUCCAUGUGAUCUGAGUGAUCUGGAGUAUCUUGACGAGGAGUUUCAUCAGAGUCUUCAGUGGAUGAAGGACAAUGACAUAGAGGACAUGCUGGACCUGACCUUCACCGUCAAUGAGGAGGUGUUCGGACAGAUCACAGAACGCGAGCUGAAGCCUGGCGGUGCAAACAUCCCCGUGUCAGAGAAGAAUAAGAAGGAGUACAUUGAGCGCAUGGUGAAGUGGCGUAUAGAGCGCGGCGUCGUCCAACAGACAGAGAGCCUGGUGCGAGGCUUUUAUGAGGUUGUAGAUGCUCGGCUGGUUUCGGUGUUUGAUGCUCGGGAGCUGGAGCUGGUGAUCGCUGGGACGGCCGAGAUAGAUCUGGGAGACUGGAGGAAUAACACGGAGUACAGAGGAGGUUACCAUGACAACCACAUCGUGAUUCGCUGGUUCUGGGCGGCGGUGGAGAGGUUCAACAACGAGCAGAGACUUAGAUUGCUGCAAUUUGUGACAGGGACGUCCAGUAUCCCGUACGAGGGCUUCUCCUCUCUCAGGGGCAGCAACGGGCCGCGCCGCUUCUGCGUGGAGAAAUGGGGCAAAAUCACGUCUCUGCCCAGAGCUCACACGUGUUUCAAUCGUCUGGACCUCCCCCCGUAACCCUCGUUCUCCAUGCUGUACGAGAAGAUGCUGACGGCAGUGGAGGAGACCAGCACUUUCGGUUUGGAGUGAAUGUCGAUUUUUGCACUUGUGUACGCCGAUCAAAAAUACUUCAUUUCCACGACCCGUCGAGGAACAGCGAAGGACGCAGCCACCUAAAACAGACACCAGAAGCACUUAGGCGUAUGUUUUGUACACCGCGUCACUUAAAAAUACUUCCUUGGAAAGCAACAGACAGAAAACGAACGGGCGAGCUGGACCGGGGGAUGUCCGGCUCCGGGAUGAAUCGAGGAGGGCGUGGAUUAAAACGAGGAACAACACAAACCCAAAGGACUUUGAUAUUCUCGCUCUCUUUUUAUCUGUAAAAAAAAGACUUUUCUACGGAGCGUCAAAAUGCGGCGCGAACGAACAAAUGCUGUGUUGUGAAAGCUUUUUCGAAUCGCCUCAAACGCUAUCACACACGACAGCGCCGCCCGCUAUACCGAACCGAAAUGUACGUGUCCUCUCUUCUUUUUAUCGCAUUUAUACGUCGGUCAUUCUCGUAGGUUCGUUUUGACGCCGCGUGCUUCUCGUCGUCAGGUUUGCGACACUUUUGAAUGAAUUCGGUUGCUUCUAUGCUUUCACGCGUGACGUUUUCAAAGGGCAUGUUAACACUGAAGUGCACUCGCAGACGCACUACAACAUCACGAAUGUGACCACUGUGUGCGAAGGAUAAAAAGACGAUUUUUUUUUGGACUUUACAGUCCAACCCAGGCCUUUCUGUUGUCUUCGGAUGACACCAUUUCGUUCACGAAGACAUUUGAAGUAAGAGAGCGGUCACAUCCCCACAGAAUGAAGCUACAAAAACACUCAAAGUCAGCAUGAAACCCGAAACGGACGCCAUUUGUUUUAUUGAUAUUGUGGUAUAUAAUAAAUGCCACAGUAUAACAGCUCGCAAUGCCAUUUCGUGUUGACUUUAUUAUUAUUUCCAUAUCCUUAUCUAGCUUUAGUGUGACGUUAACACAUCUCUGUUUCGUUUUUCGCUCCGACAGCGUUUUUUUUUUUUUGUAUGAUACGAAACUGGAAUAUCGAGCCCAUAUCAAUACAUUCCAGACUUUUACGAAACACUGCCGUGGCUGGAUCGUACUCUGAAUGUUUUCUAAUCUGAAUUUGAGUUGAUAUCGCUUCCAGUGAAAACUGGUGCAGUCGAAACUGCCAUGAGGCCCAUCGAAUUUUGGAAUAGCGAUGAAGACGGACGCGGGCAUAUCAUCUUUUGUCAGUUCGAUUGCGGCCUGCUAGAUCGUUGAUGCAAACCGGAUAGAUCUUUGUUAUUUUGUAUUAAGGCUUUUGCAGUGGCGUGCUGAUAUUUGUGCUGAAUGUACCAAAGGUUUAGGGCUGCCGUAGACCGUCCCGACCCUCUUUUGUCCAAGCUUUGUUUGAUUAAAAAAAAAGAAAAAAGCAACUAAAAAACAACGGCGUUAAUAAUAAAAGCUUUUUUUUGGAUGCCCCGGUUUUCCUCUUAAUUUAACUUUUUAGAGUAGCUUUUUCACAAUGUUUUACACAAUAUAAAAAUACCUAUACGAUGGGGAAACUAUUAUGCUUUUUGUUGUCGUUUGAAGAUGCAUUGAAAUUGCAUUGCUGAAUAUUUAUGUACGGUAUAUCCGGAGGUUUAAAGGAGCAGUUCAGCUAAAAAUGAAAUUUAUGUUAUUUAUUCGCCCUCUUUUUUGUGGAAGAGAAAAGUUAUUUCACAGAUAUCCAGAGACUGGGAAUGUAUAAAAGCAGCAUAAAAGUCCAACGUUUCUUGGAAGAAAGCAUAUUAUGUGAGUGAGGGUAAAUGAAUUUCUGUUUUUGGGUGAACUGUUCCUUUAAAUGUCCCCUGCCUUUCUAAAGACCAGAGGCUUCAGACUGAGAUCACACAUAAGUUCUGGCUUUCUGCUUUUGACUUUCUGUACUACUUCAAUCUUGCACCGUUCACGUGCUCUGAAAACAUGUGACUGUUGAUUGGAUAACGGUUUUCAGAGCUCCACAUUUGGGUUUUUCUCUUUUUUUGUUUCAGCACAGAUGAUUGUAUAAAGCUGUUUAUCUCACGGAAAA